AUUGUGAGAAGAAGAACAUUAGUGCAAAAAUUUGAUCUUAUCCAAUAGAUGCAAAACAGAAGCAGGUUUUAAAAAGUGAACAAACUUAACAAAAAGUGUUCUACCAACUAGCAGAAGUAGUGUAUUGAGGGAAAUACAUCGAUUGAAGAAAAUACUGCGGAAAUAAGUUUACGACUCAAUCCGCUAGCAUGGAGUUCUCACCGAGUCCAGACAGUGACAAUUCUGGCUACUAUAGGAAUCGCAACCGCCGGGACGACCGGGACCGAGGCAACCGUGGACGUUCAAAGGAACGCCACUACCGACGCUACAGCCGUAGCCGAUCGCGAUCGUACAGCAGAGAGCGAUACAUCAGCAAUAAUAACCGGCGGAGCCCUGAAAGAGAUCUGUACAGGGAUUUGAUAGAUCAGGAUUAUGGCGAUAAUUCGUACGACAACCGUGACCGAGACCGGUACCGUCACCGAAGUCGUGAUCGCGAGCGCAGAUCAAGAGAUAGAGAUCGCAGGGAUCGCGAUAAACCAAACAAACGGAACUAUUCUCCUGUGCAAAAUUCAAAUGAAUUCGAUGAUAACUAUGAUAGCGACAACAACCAGGAAUUCUUUUACCAUCAAAAACCCAAUAACAAAAUCAUCGUUCGGGGAUUGGCCGCACAUAUAACCGAAGCGGAUAUUAACAGUGAUCUUAUACAAUGCGGGCUUCAAGCGCUCCACGUUCGGUUGAUCCGGAGAAAGAAAACAGGUGCAUCUAGAGGUUUCGCAUUUGUCGAGUUCCGCACUGAAGAGGAAGCAACUCGCUGGAUUUGCUACAAACAGGGGAUGUUGGUUUUCAACGAUCACCGAGCCAUCAUGCAGUACACCUAUUCACUGCCGGCUGAAAUGCGUGCCAAGGACAAACCGCAGACCGAUUGGUACUGUGCUAAGUGUGGAGUGUUUAACUUCAAACGCCGUGAGAACUGUUUCAAAUGUUUCGCUUCUCGUGAAGAGAGCGAAAAGGGUGGUGAAGGAAGCGAUGAGAUCAGUAACAUCCUCACCAAGAAAAUCAUGCUCCGUAAUCUGGACGUGUUGACCAACGAGGAAAGUGUGCUCUGUGCGAUGCAGGAGAAGAUCCCGGAUUUAGUUUCUAAAAUAUCGAAAAUAAUGAUUUGUCGGGACCCUCUAACGCAAACUUCGCGAGGAAUUUGCUAUCUGCAUUUUGAUAACUUGCUCGAUUCGAUGAACACGCACAAUGCACUGAAGUCAAUUGAACCUAUACUGAAAAUUGAUAGCAGAGAAGUGCUUAUUUCGUACUGCAUGGAUACAGAAAAUCGAAACCUGGUUAAAAGCGGAGCUAAACCUUCAAAUAACGGAAACAACUACCAAGAUUCAGCGGCUGGAGGUAACACGUCCGGCGGAAAUUAUCCAAACUCGUAUCAGUACACAAUGGCGGAUGUUCCCAGACUGGCGGAGUAUAGCGCAUCGGUUUAUGCAUCGAAUCCGACCGAGCAUGAACAUUAUUUACAGUUCUAUACAAAUUAUUAUGUAACGCAAAUCAACCAAGGCCAAGUGAACAACUUUCCAACAGAAGCUCAGAUGGGAGAAACGGCCAACUCUGGCGCAGCUGUAGCUCAAUCGGCAUUAGCUCGUAAACAAGGAUCCAAAAACAAAUCAGAAUCAACGGCGGCUCCUGCAGCGACGGUGGCUCCCCAACCGUUGCAAAUUCCCAACGGCACCGACGGAAAGACCUACCCUACACCGGAUGUUUCGCAGUAUCAGUACGAUGAGACUUCCGGGUUUUACUACGAUCCUUCAACCGGUUUAUAUUACGAUUCCAAUUCACAAUACUAUUACAACAAUGAAACCUGCUCCUACCUCUACUGGGAUAAUGAGACAAGCACGUACAUUGUAGCACCUACUUCGACGUCGACGGCUGCAGCUACGACAGAAACUUCCACGGAAGCACCAGCAGCAGAAGCUGCUUCUGCAAACACAAAUGGUGAGAAGACUGAGAAAACCAAAUCGAAAGACCAGCAGCCACAUGACAAAGUGAAGGUGGCGAAAAAGAUCGUCAAAGAUAUGGAAAGGUGGGCAAAGCAACUCAAUCAAAAGAAAGACUACAACGUGAUACAGCCGCCGGCGAGGGUCGAAGAGGCAACGCUAUAUUCCUCGCUCGGCCAGAUCUCCUCUCGAUCCGGAGAAUCUUCGGGCGGUUACGCAGAUGUGGGUUUCUCAUUGCUAGAGAAGAAGCAAAGCACCCAAGCGGUUUCCAAUUUCCUCAUGGGACAAGCUAAGGCAGCGGUUACCAAGGGAAGCAGCAAUUUGGUUUCAUCGUAUAACUCCGAUUCAGAUAACGAAUGCGAUGAUGCCAUCGGAGAGCGGGAGUACGUUGACUUUGAAAAGCUGACCUGCUUACUAUGCAAGCGUGCAUUCCAAUCCCAGGAGAUACUGAACAAGCACUUGAAAAUGUCUUCGUUACACAAGGAAAACUUGCAAAAGCUGAAGAUAGGAUUUGCCAAUCAGAGCGGUUUGGCUAACAAAGGUGGUGCCUAUCGAGAUCGUGCGAAAGAGCGUCGUUUGAAGUAUGGUGAAGUCGAUCCUCCACCGGUUAACAAGAGCAAGGAACGGUUUCAGCGUGAGAUUGAGAAACAGACACAAGCAUCUUACUCAGCUCCAAAUCUGGCCGCCGUUCCUAUUAGUCAGAACAACGUAGGAAACAAGCUACUUCAAAAGAUGGGUUGGUCCGAAGGGCAAGGUUUGGGCAGAAGCAACCAAGGCCGAACAAACAUAAUUGAGACUGAAUCACGGGUGGCAAAUGUUGGGCUGGGCAUCAAGGCAGCAAAUUACGGAGCCACGGGAGAUGACUACAAAACGUAUAUCAAGAAAAUGAUGAAGUCGCGGUACGAACAGGUGGACGUAAAAGAUUAAAUUUAGCACUUUUUUCCUCCCUAGAUUGGCUAGAUUUAGACUUAUAUCAUGCAACAUGGUAGCAUUUUAUUCUUCUUUGAGGAAUAAAAGGUUGUAAAAAUUUAAAGUUAUUAACACUAGAUCGAUAGUGCAAUCAAUCAUA